AUAUACUUACAGUGAAGUUUUCUCUAGGCAGCGUGUACAGUCCAUUUUCUGCUGUUGUUUUUAGUGUCAAAAAUCAAAAUCAAUCAUUAGUAUUUUUGUUAGUACGGAUAGAUUUAUUACGGACUUCCUGUAAGGAAAUCCGAACUGCAGUUUCACAAUGGCCCUUUCUCCGGAUGCAAAGGAACGUCUAAGUGUAGUUUUUGAGGUUGUUAAAACUACAUUCCAUUGGGGUUUUAUACCAACAGUGUUAUACUUAGGUUUUCGCCAAGGAUCUGAAGCUGGAAUGCCUCCGCUUUCAGUAAUGAGUUUGUUAUGGCAAUAAAUGACAUCGCUAAUUAAAUGAACACAAUGUUUUAA